CGUUCUAUUGAAUGUUUGCGGAUCGCUCAUUGACUGAUGCCCUGUUCGCCCUUGUUACCAUGGACAACAGAUCCUUUGUGUGAAUUCGCUGCUUUCACCAUCCCCUAGCUAGUGACUUGAACCAACAUUGACUUAAAUCCCCCAUCGUAGAACCAAAUCCUCUAAUUGAACAUCUUUCCUUCUUCUCCAAUACAUCUCGCUACUGUAACACAUCCAAAAUGAACGAGCCUACCGCCCAUGGCCAUCAGUCUCUCUCCGAGCACCUGAACGGCACCAAAACCAACACCAGACCCGUUGUCUGCGUUUUCUGUGGCGCCAGCGACGGCACGACGGAUGUCCAUCUCAAAGCCGCCGAAGAGCUGGCUCACAAACUCCACGACGCUAAUGCAAAGCUCGUCUACGGCGGCGGCAACACAGGCAUCAUGGGUAUGGUUGCCCGCACCCUCGUCUCGCUCUCCGGCCCCGACAGUGUGCACGGUGUCAUCCCCCACGAACUUGUCAAGCACGAGAUGAAGAGGUCGAAGGGGGGCUUGGACGAGAAUGUGGUGGGCCGAGUAACGAAAGUCAACUCUAUGCAUGAGCGCAAGGAUAUGAUGGCCAAGGAGGUGGUUGCCGGAGGACCAGGCAGUGGAUUUGUUGCGCUGAGCGGUGGGUUCGGGACCUUGGAGGAGCUGGCGGAAGUCACCACUUGGAACCAGUUGGGCAUUCAUGACCGACCUGUUGUGGUUUUCAAUGUAGACGGUUACUGGGAUGGACUGUUUCAGUGGCUGAGGACUGCGGUCAAGGCAGGCUUUGUGAAUGAGGAUAGUGCUCCGAUCAUGGCUGAGGCGAAGACUGCGGAUGAGGCCAUGAAGGCUCUACAGGGCUAUGUAUCUGCCAAGGGAAGGUUCGAUCUUGACUGGGAGAAGAAAUAAGACUGUGUUUCGUUGAAUUUCAUAAAGACAGAUAGACACCCAGGCUGGUAAUAGACUCAUACACACUUGAUCCAAG